GAGUGAGCAGAGGAAAAGAAAAGUAUAUGUGAUGCUGUAAGGCUGGCAGAACGGAGAGGUUAUUUCAUGUCGCUGUUUGAGCUCAAAGUGAAGAACAGACACACGUCAACCUGAAGGAUCUACCUGUCGCUGCACUUUUCUAUUUUAGUGUCAUUGAUUGGAUUGUUUCAGUUUUACUUCCUGUAGAGAUGACUGACAUGAAGACUUUAAUCACACACAUGAUGCGAGGUAGAGUCACGGGGAAUGAUGGCAGUGUGAAAGAGAGUUGCAGGUUAAACAAAGACUGGAUAUGGCUCUACUCUUGUCUCAACGUCCGUGCACACUCACUGUCUGUACGUGCACACUCACUGUCUGUACGUGCACACUCCCUGUCUGUACGUGCACACUCACUCACUCUGUCUGUACGUGCACGCUCCCUGUCUGUACAUGCACACUCACUGUCUGUACGUGCACACUCACUGUCUGUACGUGCACACUCCCUGUCUGUACAUGCACACUCACUCACUCUGUCUGUACGUGCACGCUCCCUGUCUGUACGUGCACACUCACUCACUCUGUCUGUACGUGCACGCUCACUGUCUGUACGUGCACGCUCACUGUCUGUACGUGCACACCAACUCACUCUGUCUGUACGUGCACGCUCCCUGUCUGUAUGUGCACACUCAAUGUCUGUACGUGCACACUCACUCACUCUGUCUGUACGUGCAUGCUCACGCUGUCUGUACGUGCACACUCACUCACUCUGUCUGUACGUGCACACUCACUGUCUGUACGUGCACACUCACUCACUCUGUCUGUACGUGCACACUCACUGUCUGUACGUGCACACUCACUCACUCUGUCUAUACGUGCACACUCACUGUCUGUACGUGCACGCUCACUGUCUGUACGUGCACACUCACUCACUCUGUCUGUACGUGCACACUCACUGUCUGUACGUGCACACUUAUGCUGUCUGUACGUGCACACUCACUCACUCUGUCUGUACGUGCACGCUCACUGUCUGUACGUGCACGCUCACACUGUCUGUACGUGCACACUCACUCACUCUGUCUGUACGUGCACGCUCACGCUGUCUGUACGUGCACACUCACUGUCUGUACGUGCACGCUCACUGUCUGUACGUGCACACUUACUCACACUGUCUGUACAUGCACACUCACUCGCGCUGUCUGUACGUGCACACUCACUCACUCUGUCUGUACGUGCACACUCACUGUCUGUACGUGCACGCUCACUGUCUGUACGUGCACACUCACUCACUCUGUCUGUACGUGCACACUCACUGUCUGUACGUGCACACUCACUCACUCUGUCUGUACGUGCACGCUCAUGCUGUCUGUACGUGCACACUCACUCACUCUGUCUGUACGUACACACUCACUGUCUGUACGUGCACACUCACUCACUCUGUCUGUACGUGCACGCUCAUGCUGUCUGUACGUGCACACUCACUCACGCUGUCUGUACGUGCACGCUCAUGCUGUCUGUACGUGCACACUCACUCACGCUGUGUGUACAAAGGGUUUAGCGUUUUCAUCACCUCGUCGUAACCUGACAGUUUCCUUAUUGUUUCCUGAAUCUUGAGGAACAAAUGAAAAACAACAAUCAGCUGCUUCGAUGUGAAAAUCUUUUCUGUGAUUUUAAAUAGUUUUUUCAGAAUAAACAUGUUGAAGGUCUCACAGCACGCUGUGCCUCAGGGUCACAUAAAUGGAGUUUAGGCUUCUUCUCUUUUUAGUCUGAGGCUGUUUUAAGGUCUGUCUUUAUGUCGCUCUCGCUGAAUUCAGCCGUUACCAUGGGAAAAAUAUCACCUUAAUGACGCUGACUGGCAACGCUCCCUGAAACUGAUGCAGAGCAGACCCCGCUCCUGACCCCCGUUGAUUUUACAACAGAGAGAGAGAGAGAGAGAGAGAGAGAGAGAGAGAGAGAGAGAGCUACAAUCAGCUGUUUCCACGACUAACUGGAACUACAAACUGUGUUCCGUAUAUAAGAGGAAGGGUUAGUUUUACUUUUAGAGACACAAGUCCUCAUGUUAGGUUUGUAGGAGGACAGGAAGUGAAUGCUUUUAUUGUGAAAGGCUCAGAUAGAGUAUUCUUGAAGAAUAAACAGAAUGACAGAGGGUUUCCCUGUGAUAUCGUGCAGACAAACUCUGACCCUGUCAUCUUCACAUGGUCAGGUUGGGGUCAGAGGCCAAAGGGCCCGUGGUCACAAUGUGUCUAACUUUGGUGUUGUACUUCUUUAUGUUGGACCUAAAUACAAAUGAAACAGACAAUUACUCCAGGUGGGAACCCGUUGGUGCAGAGGUGGAGCUCUGUCAUUCUGAUGAAUGUCUGGUUUCGUCAUAGAGAGGAAUCAAACAGCUGCUUGUUGUGUCUUUAACCUGAAGAUCCAUCUCUGUGGGGAUCACUUCCUGUCUCACUGUCAGACACCUUAAGGUUCUUUAUGAUCUCGCAGCACCUGGAGGGGCCGCAGAGUGUUGACCAUAACACAGCCUGCAGCGGUCAUGUGACCGAGCAGUCGGCUGUCAGCCAGGACUUUGUGCUGCAGCCAAACUCCUCGCUGACCCAGAGAGUUAGAGGAGCUGCAGGUCAGGAGGAGGUCUGUCAGGAGGAGGUCUGUCAGGAGGAGGUCUGUCGCUGCGUCAGGAGGAGGUCUGUCGCUGCGUCUCCUUCCUUCCAGCACACUGAACCAGCUGACAUUCCUUCAGAGGGCUUUAUUCUGAAAGGGUCCUGACAUCUCAGACUCUCUGCUCCUUUUAAAGCUGCACUGAGACGGGGAGGGGGGAAGGAGGGGGGUGUGUUAGUGUGCCAUGUUUUAUGGAAUGAAGCGGUACACCUUUAAUCAUGAACACCUUUCUGUCUGCUCACUUCAGUCUGUCACUUAUUUAUGAAACUUCCUGCUGAGCGAUUCAACCCGCAGCAGGGCGGAGCUUUUGGGCUCUAACCCGCCUCUUUGGCUGCACCGGACUGAUUCUGAUACCGCGUCCUCACCUCAUCGUCAUGGCGAUGUAAUCACAGUCAGUAAUGAUCGACUCACAUAGAGCUGGUGGAACUGUUGGUGGUUUUGGUGCCUUGCUCAGGGGCAUGUCGACCGUGCUCGGGAAGUGAACUAACACCUCUCCAGCUACCAGACAAACUUCUAGACUUGGUCUGGUAGCUGGACCCUCCAGUUUCCAACCCAAAGUCGCUGCAGACCGAGCUACUGCCGCCCAACUUGUG